AUGGCCAAACUUCAACAAAAUCUAGUGCAAGAUUUAGCGAAACCCUACAAAUCCAGAGAAUAUUAUCCUCACAAAGCUAAAGGGAUAUCCAUCUUGGCCUUUUUCUUCUCUAUACUAAUUUACAUUUGCAUCUUCCAUAUCUUCAACAUCUCCCUCUCAACUGUCUUCAACAACUCCAAGUUCUGGUUUGCCAUAUCCAACACCCUCAUCCUCAUUAUCGCUGUCGACUGUGGCGCAUUCUCUUCGGCCUCCAAAGACCAACAAGACUAUUUUUACCAAGAGUACAUGAUGCAUAGCCAAGCAGCUCGUAGUGCUUCCUCAUUUGUUUCUCAAUACCCUCAAAUUGUCAACAAAAGCAGUCCUAAGCAAUUAGAGGCGGGAAACAAUAGGAAAACAAAGAAUGAAGAAGUACUCCUCGUACCUCAAAAUACAGAAAUCGUCCAAGAAAAGAGGGUAGUCCACGUGUUGAAAGGCGAUAAUGAUCAGAAUAAAAGUUGUAGCGCUGGAAGAGAAAAUGUUCGGGAAAAAACUUAUCGGCGAAGUAAGUCUGAGAAAGCGAAAAGAGGAGUGAUCAACAAUGAGAGGAAGAACACUCUAAGGAGGUCAGAGACGACUUAUCAGAAGCACAAACCAACUGCUGAUGAAGACAAUGAAUUUUCGACCAUGUCUAACGAAGAACUAAACAAAAGAGCCGAAGAGUUUAUUCAGAGGUUUAACAGACAAAUUAGGCUUCAAUCAACAGCUACAACCUUCACUUAA